UAUUCCUCGUGAACUCCACGCCCCUUUCUUCUCCGUGAGGAGAAAAAAAACACAAACCAAUCAGCCAAUUUUUUUUUCUUGGUCAAGACAUUGAUUCUCACAACAAUCUCUGCAAUAAUCAAGCUCAGAGGUUCAUACCGCAUCUCAAAAUAUUGUGCUCAGAGUUUUCAGACAUUUACGGUCGUUUAGGAAGCUCUCGAGGGUUGUUUUUAGAAACUAGGGAACGUGAUAAUGGCUAGUAGCGAGAAUUUGGAGAAAUCGAGUAAAGAGAAGGAACCUAAAACACCGCCUUCUUCUUCUGCUGCUCUUCCCUCUUCACAGGAACCUUCGUCGGCUGUGAGUGCUGGCAUGGCUACUCCAGAUUGGUCUGGUUUUCAGGCAUAUUCUCCAAUGCCGCCACCUCAUGGUUAUGUGGCAUCAAGUCCCCAACCUCACCCUUAUAUGUGGGGAGUUCAGCAUAUGAUGCCUCCUUAUGGAACCCCGCCUCAUCCGUAUGUUGCAAUGUAUCCCCCAGGUGGCAUGUAUGCGCAUCCUUCAAUGCCUCAAUUAUGAGUCAGGAUCUGGACAAGACGGAAAGGAUGCAUCUGAGAAUGGCGGUUCUGCUAAUGGUCCCGGAAAUGGAAGUCCUGGUACACCUCUUCUACCGGUGAACCAGACCGUGCCAUCAUGCCAAUGACAGCUGCAGGUGUUCCAGGCCCACCAACAAAUUUAAAUAUUGGGAUGGACUAUUGGGGUGCCCCUACUUCAUCUGCUAUCCCUGGAAUGCAUGGGAAAGUAUCUACAACAGUUCCUGGAGUUGGUGCUCCAAUCACGCGAGAUGGUGGCCAUUC